AUGGGACGUCCGGAAUGCUCUCGGCCCGACCCACGAUUAUUCAGGUAUGGGCAGCGGAUGGCGAAUGCCUGCAACUCUGCUGAGCAACUGAAGCACGUUUCGGUCGAGCGAAAUCUGACAGAUGUGAAUGCAGGCCGAGCACCGCAGAAUUUGCAGAGAGAGCAGCAACCGCCUGAGUUGAUGACGCGUAGCCAGGGACCUGGCGAGCGGGAACCGAUCAGUUCCUCGUCACGGUCCCUUAUGUCUUCCCCUUCUAUUUUGAGCUUGUUUACGGCCAACCCCCUUGGUUUAGAUCACCCUGAAUGGGAUCUGCCGUCUGCUUUCCAAGAUGCGCCAAACCCAGAGAAUGCCGCAGACUAUAACCAGGAUUUCGGCUUUUCGGGGGAACCCUUUUCGUUAUUACAGAACACCACGAGCUCAUCAGACGCUCUAGCAGCCGCUGCAGCAAGAGAAGCGCGAGCAAUAGAGGACUUCUUAGCUACGGGAAGAAUCAAUAAGUGUCGCACGCUUGGCAAUGGUCUCUCCUUUAAUACCGUAACAAAGCUAAGCAGUGGCGGAAACUAUGCCGAGUGGGCGAGUUCCUUUCGAGCCGCCGCACGGAAGGAAGGUGUCUGGUACCUUAUUACAGGCCACUGCAAGAAACCCUCUGAACCCAGUGUGGACUGCGCUCCUGAGCAGCGGCAGAUUUAUUAUGAGGACUUGCUGCAUUGGGCGAAUAAGAAUGAUUUGGCUUUAGGAGGGUUGGAAGGAUCCUUGGAAGCAGAUGUACGAUUGACAUUGGACAACGAGGGUUUUGACGAUGCGAGAGAGUUAUGGCUCGCACUCGAAAAGAUGUUCAAGCCCCCAAGCAAGGUGGAUUUAUUCCAGCUCCUCGCGAGGGUUGAAACCGUGAAGCUGGAUGACUUCAACGGCAACAUUGCGAAAUUUGCUAAUGAGAUUCGACGUAUACGUCAGGACAUAACAAAAUCUGUGCCUGCAGCUGAAGCUCUCCCUGCAUGGUACUUUACCUUCGCCUUUAUUCGAGGUCUUGGUGAUCGCUUUCUCCCUUUGGUGCAUGAUCUCCUCACCAAUUCAGAUGACUCCCAGGGCCUUUUAGCUUGUUCAUUCGAGUCGGCGGUCUUGCAGGCGCUCGAAGUCGACCAGGUUCAGAAGGAAAUUGAGAGAUAUGGUGCGCCUGGAGUGUAA